AGCAUGCGCAAUUCAAUCGUGCCGCUGUGCCAGUCGCAGCAGGACGUUUGGAUGGCUGCAUCGGUCGAGACGAACGAGAAUAAUUGGGGAAAGAAGAAAUUGGAAAGAAAAGUUCUUGAAAAAUUAUCGAAAAAAACCAAUUCGAAAAUAGUUGAACCCGAGAUAAUCCGACUGAGAACUGCGCGAAAACCCACUUCUUGUUAACAACAACAACAACAGCAGCAGCAGUAUAACACAUACAUUUCCCAAAGAAGCGCACGACACAUCUAAAUACACUUAAUACACACAAUUUUGACAUUUAUAAACAAUAUCUCAAACUUUUAUUAAUUGUUCUUGGAUGUGUGUGUGAGUGUGUGCAUUCAUCAAAAAAACGUAAAAGACUCGAAUUAAAAGUUCUUAAAAUUUUGAAGAUCUCCUCAAAAUAACAUCAUGAGUGCUGUUGACUUGAAAACGGCUGUGAAACCACAUUUUGAUUUGAAAGAUUUCAAAUGCCGACCUGCAGAAGCAUCAGUCUUGGCGAGCACAAAGGUGAAAUCACAUGCGGGAAAUGUGAGGCCAAUGGGCGAUUUAGAAAACAGUCGAGAUUGUCAGAAUUUUGACAUGGAGAAUGAACCGGCGAAACACGGGAAAGGAGAUGGCGUCAAGUUCUCCUAUCCCAUUCAUCGGAAACGGUCCCGUUUCAUGAACAGGUCUGGAGCAGCUGAUAACUAUCAUAAUAAGAAGCGGAGGAAAGGUGAGAAGAUAAUACUGCCAACUAAAUUUCUCUUAGGUGGGAACAUUAACGAUCCCCUAAACCUGAACAGUUUGUGCGAUGAGGAAGUCAACAGAGCUUUAAAUGAGCGGACGCCUCAGUCGUCUCCUGUCCCGACACCUGCUCAUCGGCGUGAUGUUGCAGUUGUCAUGCCCAGAAACCAGUUUGAUCCACUCAACCUGAACGAACCUGAUAUGGAAAACGAGCCAUUAACGCCAGCGAAAAUGAAUGCCAAAAGGAAAAAGAGACACAAAGGUCGCAAAAAAAGCGAAAGCAAUACCACUGGCGACUCAGUAACAACCCCAACCACACCAAUAUGUCUUUCCAAGGAGUCUGAGAAGAAGAAGAUACUUGCUGAAGCUCUGAAGAUCGAAAUAGAUGAUGAAAGUGUACCCGUACCAACCAGCACUGUUGUUACCCCCAGGCAUAAUAGAUCUGCUGUUGCCCCAUUGACAUUAUCUGUCUCCACACCUGUGUUGUCCUCAUUGUCAUCUGGUACCGGAUCAACAUCAAAUACUGAGACAAAUGAAAAUCACAAGGUGAAAUCUGAAGAUAAAAUUGUCUCGCCAGUCAUACCUCAGCUUUCACCUAAAAACCGGAAAAGGCGUUUAGCUAGUUUCUCAGAAAGCCGGACAGUAGACUCCAAUUUGCCAGCUUCCAAAAACCUUAGUCGAGCUGAGAGCUGUCCCAAUGAUAUUCCAAAGCCUACCAUCACCCGUAAAAAUCGAAGACGUCAGAGCCAUCGAGGGGGCAAGGGAGGGAACAGUGCCAACUCAAAAUCCUCUCGAUUCAUCUACGGUAAUUACAAUCGCUACUACGGUUAUCGCAACACCGAUGACAUUGACCAUCGUACCAACUGCUUCAAAAGCGAAUGGUUUGAAGGCAAGAAAAUAUUGGAUAUCGGCUGUAAUGUUGGGCAUCUGACUUUAUUUGUGGCCCGUGAGUUCAAACCCCAGAUGAUUGUAGGACUUGAUAUUGACAGUAAACUGAUCUCUGCUGCUCGGAACAACAUACGGCAUUACAUGAGUAAAAACGACCAAAACAAGUUCCCGGCAUCUUGUAAGCUGAGUUAUGGUCCUUUAGCUGCACCCUUCCAAGAAGAAUCACAGCAAAGAAACUUUCCGCAAAAUGUCAGUUUUAGACAGGGCAAUUACGUGCCAGAAAAUGAAGAUUUUCUUGAUUUGCAAAAAGCAGACUACGAUUUGAUUUUGGCCAUGAGUUUGACUAAAUGGAUUCAUCUAAACUGGGGAGACGCUGGCUUGAAGAGAUCUUUCCGUAGAAUGUACCGGCAACUAAAACCCGGAGGAAAACUCAUUUUAGAACCACAAGCUUGGGGCUCCUAUAAAAAACGCAAAUGGAUAUCGGAAAACAUUCGGAAAAACUUCCAGAACAUACAUUUAAAACCUGACAAUUUUGCAGAAUAUCUAAUUGAACAAGUUGGCUUUUCACGUUACGAAGUCAUAGAUGUCCCUUUCAACCGGGCAAAAGGUUUCCAGCGGCCAAUUUUCCUCUUUCACAAAGAUCCUCUCCCCUCAUCGUCACAUCUUUCAUACCAUGGUGAGAUUAAUGCUCAAGAGACAUCCAGUGCUAGAGUGAGUUCAUCUGCUACAGCUGGCCACGAAUGCGAAAUGUACGAUGCCACAAAAAGCUCUAUCACAACUACAGAGCAGUCAACAGCGCCAUCAUCUAGCGGAUCUUCGAAUGAAUGUGGAAACAAAAUCCCCAAUCUACGCGAAGCUGCUCCAGCUGGCCAGGAAUCCGAAAUGUACGAUAUCACAAAAGGCUCUGUUACGAGUACAGAGCAAUCAUCAGUAUCAUUUAGUGGACCUUCUAAUGUAUGUGAAAAUACAACCCCUUCUCCGAGUCAUGCUGCUACAGACAUUUCUAGCUCCCUACUUUUAACCACACAUUCUACCCGCGUUCAAAAUAAUGGGACUGAUAAGGUCCCUCAGGGUCUGCUUAAAUCUCCUUCACAGUCAGCAGAACCAAAGUCAACAACACCAUCUUCUUCCUCUGCCACCACUUCUCUCUCUUCAUCAUCAGCAUCAGACCCAGCAGCCCCAACAACAGCAGCAGCAGCAGCAGCAUCAUCAUCGCCAUCAUCCACAUUGUCAUUACCAUCAUUACCACCACAACCACAACCAUCACCACCAUCAUCAUUGCAAACUUCUCUUUCGUCUACAUCAGAUUCUUCAGUGUUGAUACCAUCAUCCACCAUCACCGCCACUACUAACAACAGCAACCACAUCGACAAUGAUACCUCCUCCUCCUCUUCCACCUCUCUUUUAAACUCUACGGACAUCUGAAAGGGGCAAGACGGCCCUUAAACUAAGAGAUCAAUGAACAUUAAAUUUUUGAGAAAAAAAUUUUUUUAACUUCUCUCUCUUUCCAUCUCUCUUUCAUUCUCACUCUCACUCUCUCUCUCUCAGAACAUUUUCUUUAAUUUUAUUUUUGAAAUGUUACAAAUUUUAAUCUAUAUUUUUUUUUUCUCCUUGAUCUGUUUGAAAUUUUAUUGUUAGUUGUUCCAGUUAGCAUGGCCUUCCUGCCACCUCUCUCUCUCUCUCUCCUUCUCUUUUAUAUACUUGACAUCUCAUUCUCUCGAUCUCCCACUCUCUCUUUCUUUCUCUUUCUCUCUCUCUCUCCCCGUCUCUCUCUUUCUCUCAAUUAUAAUUACAGCAAGCUGGGUUUAAGUGAUAAAGGCAGCUACGUGAAUAUCCUUGGAGCAAACUUGUGUUGGCUGACACAGGAGUUUUUGGAUGUUGUUUUACUUCCUUCCCUACUGCCAGAUGAUUCAAGCGUUCAAUUUCUCCUGUUUAUGAAAUUUUUCUUUCUGCCCCUUCCCUCCCCAACCCAAAGAGUUUAACACUCAAAAGAUUUAAAGAAGCAGGAUUAAGAUUCUUAAAUCUGACGAAAGAAAGCCUGUCUGUAAUUCCGUUCAUCAAAGAUUCACAGCCAAAAAUAGUAUAUUUUUCUUUCUCUUUUUUUGUUUUUUUUUUCUUCCUUCAGUUCCAUGUUCGUUACAGUUUAAUUAUUAAUAUUUACCAGUUAUAUAAGGUGGUGAGCUGGCAGAAUUGGUAAACACCCCAAGCAAAAUGCUUGGCAGCAUUUCAUCCAUCUUUAUGUUCUGAGUUCAAAUUCCGCCAGGGUUAACUUUGCCUUUCAUCCUUCCGGGGGGGUCAAUGAAACCAGUACUAGUACCAGUUGACCACUGGGGUCGAUGUAAUCAACUUACCUACCUUCCCUGAAAUUACUGGUCUUGUGCAAAAAAUUUAAAAUCAAUAUGUACCAGUUUAUGUACAAUCUUAAUUUUAAUUAUUUUCUUUUCAUCCCUUUCAAGCAAUUUCCCCCUUAUGCCUGAAUAAGCCAUUCUGAUGUUUUUCUUUCAAUGCUCUAUGCAAGAAGUAAGCUCCCAGAGAGCCUAGUUGGUGACCCCCUGCCCUCCUCUUUCAGUUCUCCUGUUGAAGCCAUUUCGUUUCAGGACACGACUGUCUUUCAGAAGGAUAUGAACAUUACACCAUUCCAUUUGUCCUUCAUUAUAAACCUGAGGCCUUGUGCACAUGUAAGAAAUCAUCAUUAUUGUUGUUGUUGUUGUUAUGGCAGUACAUAUAAUAAAAUUGGAAUGAUGCAGA